GGGGCAUUGGGUGUUUUACUGCACAGAUCUCAGUGUCCUUCCGCAGUUCCCGUAGAUUUCCGCGCAUUCCGCAACGCCUUCAGAGCUGGUUUGACCCUCGGCGUCUGCCGUCGGCAGCUGCCUGCCAGCUGUCGGCGCCUUUGUGCGGCGGCGGAAGGGGCGCGGGGCCGAGGGCGGCGGGCGCGGGGCAGGAGCCGCGGACCGGUGCGCAGGGAGGGAGCCGCGGGAGGAGCCGCGGACCGGUGCGCAGGGAGCGAGCCGCGGGAGGAGCCGCGGACAGGUGCGCAGGGAGCGAGCCGCGGGAGGAGCCGCGGACAGGUGCGCAGGGAGCGAGCCGCGGGAGGAGCCGCGGACAGGUGCGCAGGGAGCGAGCCGCGGGAGGAGCCGCGGAUCAGUGUUUCAGCCAUGUCUGACAAAAGCGAGCUGAAGGCGGAGUUGGAGCGCAAGAAGCAACGAUUAGCUCAAAUCAGAGAGGAGAAGAAGAGAAAGGAGGAAGAAAGAAAGAAGAAAGAAACUGACCAGAAGAAAGAAGUUCUUCCAGUACAAGAAGAAUCUGAUCUUGAAAAGAAGAGGAGAGAAGCGGAAGCAUUGCUUCAGAGCAUGGGGUUGACACCUGAGUCUCCUGUUGUCCCUCCUCCUACCUCUCCGUCCUCCAAAUCCGUGAGUACCCCAAGCGAGGCUGGGAGCCAGGACUCUGGGGAUGGUGCUGUUGGAUCGAGACGUGGACCUGUUAAACUUGGAAUGGCUAAAAUUACACAAGUUGACUUUCCUCCUCGAGAAAUUGUUACCUACACAAAGGAGACACAAACACCUGUCAUGACUCAGCCCAAGGAAGAUGAGGAGGAGGAAGAUGAUGUGGUUGCACCAAAACCAUUAGUUGAACCUGAAGAAGAAAAAACAUUAAAAAAAGAAGAGGAGGAAGAAGCUGCCCCUCAUGAACUCACAGAGGAAGAAAAGCAGCAAAUUUUGCAUUCUGAAGAAUUUUUAAGUUUUUUUGACCACUCCACAAGGAUUGUUGAAAGAGCCCUUUCUGAGCAAAUCAACAUUUUCUUUGACUACAGUGGAAGAGACUUAGAGGACAAAGAAGGAGAGAUUCAAGCGGGAGCAAAACUGUCCUUAAAUAGGCAGUUUUUUGAUGAGCGUUGGUCAAAGCAUCGUGUUGUCAGUUGUCUGGACUGGUCAUCUCAGUAUCCAGAGUUACUUGUAGCCUCUUACAACAACAAUGAGGAUGCGCCUCAUGAGCCUGAUGGGGUGGCCCUUGUAUGGAAUAUGAAGUACAAGAAAACUACCCCAGAGUAUGUCUUUCACUGCCAGUCUGCAGUGAUGUCAGCUACAUUUGCAAAAUUCCAUCCCAAUCUGGUGGUUGGUGGCACAUACUCGGGCCAGAUAGUGCUGUGGGAUAAUCGCAGCAAUAAGAGAACCCCGGUGCAGAGAACGCCACUGUCAGCUGCCGCUCACACGCACCCUGUGUACUGUGUAAAUGUUGUUGGGACCCAGAAUGCUCAUAAUUUGAUUAGUAUCUCAACUGAUGGGAAAAUAUGCUCUUGGAGUUUGGAUAUGCUUUCCCAACCACAGGAUAGCAUGGAGCUGGUUCACAAACAGUCCAAGGCUGUGGCUGUUACCUGCAUGUCUUUCCCUAUUGGAGAUGUCAACAACUUUGUUGUUGGCAGUGAAGAAGGCUCAGUGUACACUGCAUGCCGUCAUGGCAGCAAAGCUGGAAUCAGUGAGAUGUUUGAAGGACACCAGGGACCAAUCACAGGUAUCAACUGCCAUGCAGCAGUUGGACCUGUAGACUUCUCACAUCUUUUUGUCACCUCUUCUUUUGACUGGACAGUAAAGCUUUGGACAACGAAGAAUAACAAACCUCUCUACUCCUUUGAAGACAAUUCUGAUUAUGUUUAUGAUGUGAUGUGGUCUCCAACUCACCCUGCCUUGUUUGCCUGUGUGGAUGGGAUGGGCAGGCUUGACCUGUGGAAUCUCAACAAUGAUACUGAGGUACCCACUGCAAGCAUCACCGUGGAGGGCAAUCCUGCUCUGAACCGCGUGAGAUGGACACAUUCUGGGAGAGAGAUUGCUGUAGGUGACUCAGAGGGACAGAUAGUUAUAUAUGACGUGGGAGAGCAAAUCGCAGUUCCCCGCGGGGACGAGUGGACUCGCUUUGGCCGGACGCUGGCGGAGAUCAACGCCAACAGAGCCGACGCGGAGGAGGAGGCCGCGACGCGCAUCCCGGCCUAGGGCCGCCAGCCCGCUGCAGGGCCCCGCGGGGACCGCUGCGUGCAGACCCCAGGGGUCACUUCUAAUCACAGCACAGGGAGGAAUAUAUGGAUUCAGCAAUGGACUCUGAAAUACAUCAAGAUCACUGGAAAUCGGAUCUUGCAUUGUUUUGUUUUAUAUAUUAAUUACAGGUACAUUCUUGGAUUUGUGUAACUUUUAAUACACUUAACUUUGCAGGGAUCUUCUUUUGCUGAAACACUAACCUGGUAUAAAUUUACUACUUGGCUUCUGUAAAGUCCAAUCUGAAACAGUAUCUUUCUGAAAAGGAAAAGUUUUGCUCCUAAAACUUUCUGUAUUACAGACUAACCUUCAUUAGGCAGUAAAUCUCUGAAGCAUUCUUGACUUUGAACUCUUCAAGUUACCCAUGAUAUGCAUGCAUAUGUUCUAAGUUUCAUUGUUUAUAUAUAGAUAAGCCUCAGACUCUGGUAGUGGGUAAUAUAUGUGAAUAAAAAUUUGUCUGUAGUUACAAACUUAUGUGAUAAUUAGACCUGAAUUAAUGAAAUACAUAUUUAAUACUAUUUCCUUUUGUUUGAAUUGGUGCAUUAAAAGGUGAGACAGAUUCAUAAAUAAAUACUAUACGAGCACUUGUCAGCUGCCCUGACCUCUAAUGUGUGUUCCUGCAGUAGUUCAAAGCUUCUGGGAGCUGAUCCUUUGUUUUACUACACACAUCACAGCCUUGUUUUCUACCCUCAGCCACCCCUUACUGCAGUGGCAAUGGCCCAAUAGCAAAAAGGCUCCCAUUACCAAAUUUUUCUUUUCCAAAGGAUAAGGAACUAGACUUUAUCUUAAUUUAUAUACCAUGAUGAUUUUCACUCUGUUAACUACAGACUUGCUACUAAUUUUCUGUACUAAGUUCAAGAUUUUUAUUAUUAUGGAUUUUUAACAUUUUUAUCAAAACAAGACUUCUUAAUGGCUUGAAACAGAAUCAUUGUAAUUUCUGUUAAAGGUUACUUUUUUUUCUUAGCACAUUAUAAAGUUUUCUGUCACAGUGGGUUUCACGGGGGCUGUUUCUUUUGGGCUGUUUUUUUUUAAUAAAUACUUUGAGUUUUACUAA